AUGUCUUUUUUUUUGUUUUUUUCCACCAAAUGUUUUUUUUCCUGUUUUUUUUCCAAAUGUCUUUUUUUCCUUUUUUUUCCCAAAUGUCUUUUUUUCCCUCCAAUUUUUCCAAAUGUCAAAUUCUUUUUUCCUCAUUUUUUCCAAAUGUCUUUUUUUUUCCUUUUUUUUUUAAAAAUCUUUUUCUCCAAUUUUUUCCAAAAAAUUUUUUUUCCUUUUUUUUUCCCAAAUGUUUUUUUCCUUUUUUUUUUUCCAAAUGUCUUUUUUCCUUUUUUUUUUUCCAAAUGUCUUUUUUUUUUUUCCUUCUUUUCCAAAUGUCUUUUCCUCCAAUUUUUUCCAAAUGUCUUUUUUCUUUCCAAUUUUUUCCAAAUGUCUUUUUUUUCCUUUUUUUUUUCAAAUGUCUUUUUUUUCCUUGUUUUUUUCUCCAAAAAUUUUCUUUUUUUCCAAUUUUUUCCAAAUGUCUUUUUUUCCUCCAAUUUUUUUUCCAAAUGUUUUUUUUCCAAUUUUUCCAAAUGUCUCCAAAAAAUUUUUUUCUUGUUUUGUCUUUUUUUUUCAAUUUUUUCCAAAAUUCUUUUUUUCCUCCAAUUUUUUCCAAAUGUCUUUUUUUUUCCAAAAUUUUCAAAAAAUGUUUUUUUUUUCCUCCAAUUUUUUCCAAAUGUCUUUUUUUCCUCCAAUUUUUUCCAAAUGUCUUUUUUUCCUCCAAUUUUUUCCAAAUGUCUUUUUUUCCUCCAAUUUUUUCCAAAUGUCUUUUUUUCCUCCAAUUUUUUCCAAAUGUCUUUUUUUCCUCCAAUUUUUUCCAAAUGUCUUUUUAAAUGUUUUUUUUCCAAAUGUCUUUUUUUUUUUCCAAUUUUUUCCAAAUGUCUUUUUUUUUUCCAUUUUUUUUCCAAAUGUCUUUUUCCUUGUUUUUUUUUUUUAAAUGAAAAUUUUUUCCUCCAAUUUUUUCCAAAUGUCUUUUUUCCUCAAUUUUCACCGUGUUUUUCCAAUUUUUUCCAAAUGUCUUUUUUUUUCCAAUUUUUUCCAAAUGUUUUUUUUCCAAUUUUUUUCCAAAUGUCUUUUUUUUUUUUUUUCCCAAAUGUCUUUUUUCCUUUUUUUUUUCCAAAUGUCUUUUUCCUUUUUUUUUUCCAAAUGUCUUUUUUUUUCCUUUUUUUUUCCAAAUGUCUUUUUUUCUCCAAUUUUUUCAAAAAUCUUUUUUUUCCUCCAAUUUUUCCAAAUCUUUUUUCCUUUUUUUUUUCCAAAUGUCUUUUUUCCUCCUUGUUUUUUUUCCAAAUGUCUUUUUUUCCUGUUUUUUUUUUUUCCAAAUGUUUUUUUUUCCUUUUUUUUUCCAAAUGUCUUUUUUCCUUUUUUUUCCUCACAAAUUUUUUUUUUUUUUUCCAAAUUUUUUCAAAUUUUUUCCUUUGUUUCUUUGAUUUUUUCCAAAUGUCUUUUUUUUUUUUUCAAUUUUUUCCAAUUUCCAAUUUUUUCCAAAUGUCUUUUUUUCCUUGUUUUUUCCACCAAAUGUCUUUUUCCUUGUUUUUUUUCCAAAUGUCUUUUUUCCUUGUUUUUUUCCAAAUGUCUUUUUUCCUUGUUUUUUUCCAAAUGUCUUUUUUCCUGUUUUUUUCCAAAUGUCUUUUUUUUCCUUGUUUUUUUCCAAAUGUCUUUUUUUCCUUGUUUUUUUUUUCCAAAUGUCUUUUUUCCUCCAUUUUUUUCCUCCACAAAUGUCUUUUUCCUUUUUUUCCACCAAAUGUCUUUUUUUCCUCCAAUUUUUUCCAAAUGUCUUUUUUUUUUUUUUUUUUCCAAAAUAUCUUUUUUCCUUCCAAUUUUUUCCAAAUGUUUUUUUCCUUUUUUUUUUUUCCAAAUGUCUUUUUUUCCUCCAAUUUUUUCCAAAUGUCUUUUUUUCCUCCAAUUUUUUCCAAAUGUCUUUUUUUCCUCCAAUUUUUUCCAAAUGUCUUUUUUUCCUCCAAUUUUUUCCAAAUGUCUUUUUUUCCUCCAAUUUUUUCCAAAUGUUUUUUUUUUUUUUUCCAAAUUCUUUUUUUCUCAUUUUUUCCAAAUGUCUUUUUUUUUUCUUUUUUCCAAAUGUCUUUUUUUUCCUUGUUUUUUUUUCCAAAUGUCUUUUUUUCCUUGUUUUUUUCCAAAUGUUUUUUUUUUCCUCCAAUUUUUCCAAAUGUCUUUUUUCCUCCAAUUUUUCCAAAUGUCUUUUUUUUCCUCCAAUUUUUCCAAAAAUCUUUUUUCCUCCAAUUUUUUCCAAAUGUCUUUUUUUUCUUUUUUUUUCCAAAUGUUUUUUUUUUCUUGUUUUUUUCCAAAUGUUUUUUUUUCUCCAAUUUUUUCCCCAAUGUCUUUUUUUCCUUUUUUUUUUCCAAAUGUCUUUUUUUGUUUCCAAUUUUUCCAAAUGUCUUUUUUCCUCCAAUUUUUCCAAAUGUCUUUUUUUUUUUUCUUCUUUUUUCCAAAUGUCUUUUUUCCUCCAAUUUUUUCCAAAUGUCUUUUUUUUUUUUUUUUUUUUUCCAAAUGUUUUUUUUUUUCCUCCAAUUUUUUCCAAAUAUUUUCUUUUUUUCCUCCAAAUUUUUCCAAAUGUUUUUUUUCCUCCAAUUUUUCCAAAUUUCUUUUUUUCCACCAAAUGUUUUUUUUCUCAAUUUUUUUUCCAAAUGUCUUUUUUCCAAAUUUUUCCAAAUGUCUUUUUUUUUCCUUUUUUUUCUCCAAAUGUCGAUUUUUUUUUUUUUUUUUCCAAAUGUCUUUUUUUUCUUUUUUCCUCCAAAUGUCUUUUUUCCUCUUGUUUUUUUUCCAAAUGUCUUUUUUCCUUUUUCUUUUUUCCAAAUGUCUAAAUUUUUUCCAAAUGUCUUUUUUUCAUCCAAUUCUACAAAUUAUUUUUUUGUGCAUAAUUGCCUAUUCUCAGUGAAAAUACUUUUGCUGAAUUAG